AGUCUAGUUUUACAUUUGUUUUCUCACAUUUGAUUCAGGACAAUACAGUUGAAUGCUUUAGAAGAGCCUGCAGAAUUUUUAGUGUCGAUACAGAACCCUUACGGAUUUGGGAUUUAUCUGGGCAGACGGCAUUGUUUUUUUCAGAUGAAAACAAUAAGAUCCUCAAAGACUCUCAGAAACAGUCAGAGCAAGAUAUGCUCUUGGAGUUGCAGGUCUAUGGGUUAUCAGAUUCUGUUAAAAAUAAAGCGAAAAAAGAUGAGAUGUCAAUGCAAUACCCUAAUGGUUCUUCUUUUCUGAUGAAUGGUACUGGCAGUGGUAUAACCUCUAAUCUCACUAGGAGCAGUUCUUCAUCAUUUUCUGGAGGUCCAUGUGAAGCUGGUACCUUGGGCUUGACUGGAUUGCAAAACCUAGGGAACACCUGUUUCAUGAACAGUGCUCUUCAGUGCCUUGCACAUACGCCAAAGCUUGUUGAUUACUUUCUCGGGGACUACAAGAGAGAAAUAAAUCAUGAUAACCCAUUGGGAAUGAAUGGUGAAAUUGCAUCUGCUUUUGGUGACCUUUUGAAGAAAUUAUGGGCUCCUGGAGCGACUCCUGUGGCACCUAGAACAUUCAAAUUAAAGCUUGCUCAUUUUGCUCCUCAAUUCAGCGGCUUUAAUCAACAUGAUUCUCAGGAGCUCCUAGCUUUUCUAUUGGAUGGACUCCACGAAGAUUUGAACCGUGUCAAGAAUAAACCUUAUGUUGAAGCUAAGGAUGGAGAUGAUCGUCCAGAUGAAGAAAUUGCUGAUGAAUACUGGAAUAAUCAUCUGGCUCGUAAUGACUCCAUCAUAGUGGACGUUUGCCAGGGUCAAUACCGUUCCACAUUGGUCUGUCCUGUUUGCAAAAAGGUCUCCAUCAUGUUUGAUCCUUUCAUGUAUUUGUCACUGCCUCUUCCAUCUACAUCUAUGAGGUCAAUGACCGUCACAGUUAUAAAAAAUGGCAGUGAUAUUCAGAUAUCUGCCUUUACAAUCACUGUUCCCAAGGAUGGAAAACUUGAAGAUCUUAUUCGUGCUUUAAGCACUGCAUGCUCUUUGGACGCUGAUGAGACCCUUUUGGUGGCUGAGAUAUACAACAACCGCAUUAUACGUUAUCUUGAGGAACCAGCCGAUUCAUUAUCCUUAAUAAGAGAUGGUGACCGACUUGUUGCUUAUCGGUUGCACAAGGGUACUGAAGAAGCCCCCUUGGUUGUGUUUACGCAUCAACAGAUUGAUGAGUAUGUCUUGACUUUAUAAUUUGGGCAUUAUCUU